AUGAAAACAUUGAUGAACUUGAGUAUUCAGGAAUGCCUAUACGAAAUUUCCAUGGACUGGCGCACGCCUUUCAUUGCCACCAUACUCUAUCUGGUCUAUGUUAGGCACCAGAACAACAGGCUCAGGGGAGCCGUGGCCACAGAGAGGUCGCUGCUCUCCUUUGUCAGCCUUCUGAUGAUCGUUCACAACAUCGUUUUGGCAGCAUUUUCCAUGUACGUGUUUAAACAAAACGCGCCCUUCAUCUUCAACCGUUUUCGUAGCGUUUCCUUCAAAAUGUUCUGUGCAGACGAGGACAAGUACAUCUUCAACCAUGUGCACUACUGGUCCUGGGUGUUCUACCUCUCCAAGAUUUACGAGAUAAUGGACACCGUGAUCCUUCACUUGAACAAGAAACGAGCAACGUUUCUGCAGUGUUACCACCAUGCAGGUGCUAUAUUUGCAACCUAUUUGUUCUGCAAGGCAGAGUCGCACAUGGCUUGGAUAUUUGUCGUGCUGAACUCGUUUGUGCACUCUGUUAUGUACCUGUAUUACCUCAUCUCAGUGUUCAGAAUUCGUAUUAGAUUCAAAAAAAUAAUCACAACGAUGCAAAUGACCCAAUUCAUACUUGGUUACGUUCUGAUAGCCAUGCACUUCAUAGGAGGACAGCGGUUCUCGAGCGAUCUCAAGAAAAGAGUGCUCGAAAUAAUUACAAUCAUUUUCAAUGUCGGGUAUGUGAUGUUCCUCUUCAUACUGUUCAAGAUGUUCUUCAAGAAGGAAUACCAGAAGAAAAAGAGCAAGACCAUAACAAAGGUCACCACGAAUAGUGAGAGCCGAGAAAGCCUUCCAGGAAUUGUUGCGUCGUAAUUAAAAUGACAAA